UCAGAUAGCGUAGUUUUUUCAUAUGUGUAGAAGGAAGUUCUCAAAAUUUAAGUUAACAGGACGCGCUUUAAUUAUGCUUAUUUUUAAUUGUUCUCGAAUUUACUUGAAUUGAACAUUACGCGCCUGUUUUAUUCUUACCAUUAACGAUAUAAGUUAUGGUUUCAAGCAGAAAGUCUUUUCAUUAUGUCUACAAAAGAAUGGCUUGUUUUGAUUAUACUUGGAUUUUUAGUGGAAGUGAGCACAACUGCAGAUCCCAUCCAAAUCCUUAAUUCUUCAAUCGCGGUGGCAUCAGAAGGGGAUCCAUGGCAGGACAUGACUUCAGAUAAUGUCAACGAUGGUAUUGUUGAUUACCGUAGAACUGUUGAAAAAUGCGGAUGUUGCGCAGCUCUUAGAAGACCAUCAUGGGUGCAACUGACACUGGACAAGACUUAUCUCGUGGAAAAGAUUCAAAUUUUUGGGAGGAAAUACGAUACAAGUUUUCAACAGUUUCACGACAUCAAAUUAUCACUGGGAAGACAGGAUCAAACACUUAAGAACGAAGCGUUCACUACGAAAAAUCAGUCUUUUGCGAUGACGAUACUGACUCCUCCACGCGAAGUAGAUACAGUGCGAGUUUCGGAUGUCACGCAACAAUUCGACUAUAUGACCAUAUGCGAGAUAAUGAUAUACCGACAAGCAGACUGUACACCCGGAAAGUACAGUGCAAACUGUUCCAAAGAGUGCCAUUGUCUUUCCGGACCAUGUGAAAGUGUCACGGGCAAUUGUGUGACUGCUACAUGUAAAGACGGUUGGAGAGGACUCGCAUGUAAUGAAACCUGCAACCCAGGAACCUUUGGUUCUAACUGCACCAACAUCUGCAAUUGUGUAAGCAAUCUAACUUGCAACCAUUAUGACGGUGGCUGUCCCAAUAACAAAUGCGCAGCUGGAUGGACGCAUGCCAACUGUAGCGUAGCAUGCAACCCUAGCACCUUUGGUUAUAACUGCUCCAAUAUUUGUAAUUGUCACAACAAUGCAACAUGUAACCAUGAUGACGGUAGCUGUACCAAUAACCAAUGCGCAGCUGGCUGGACGCAUGACAACUGUAGCGUAGCAUGCAACCCUAGCACCUUUGGUUCUAACUGCUCCAAUAUUUGUAUUUGUCACAACAAUGCAACAUGUUACCAUGUUGACGGUAGCUGUACCAAUAACCAAUGCGCAGCUGGCUGGACGCAUGACAACUGUAGCGUAGCAUGCAACCCUAGCACCUUUGGUUCUAACUGCUCCAAUAUUUGUAUUUGUCACAACAAUGCAACAUGUUACCAUGUUGACGGUAGCUGUACCAAUAACCAAUGCGCAGCUGGCUGGACGCAUGACAACUGUAGCGUAGCAUGCAACCCUAGCACCUUUGGUUCUAACUGCUCCAAUAUUUGUAUUUGUCACAACAAUGCAACAUGUUACCAUGUUGACGGUAGCUGUACCAAUAACCAAUGCGCAGCUGGCUGGACGCAUGACAACUGUAGCGUAGCCUGCAAAGCUGGCUUCUACGGACAAGGCUGCUCUAUGGACUGUCACUGUGACACGUGCCAUCACGUCAAUGGAUCGUGCUUUGGGUCAAUUCAAUGUCACGAUGGGUUCAGGAUGGAAAAUGGUUUUUGUACAACUGAGGUGUCCUUUUUUUCAAAAGAGUGCCCAGUGUGCCAUACUGACAGGUAUUAUAACGCCUUAUUAUCUGUGUCUUCGUUCCUCGGAGUUGUUGUGGCGGCUGUAAUAGUUGUUAUUGUGGUGUACGUCAGACAAAUACACAAGCAACAUGCUGGAGGAACUCGUUCUAACAGAGAAUCGUCUUCUCACACGUACGACGACUUGGCCCGAAAGUCAACGAAUCCUGAUCACUAUGACUGCCUUCAAAUGUCAAACAAGAAGAACAACACUAUUAUAGAAAUGUAAGACAACUGGACAGUAAGCUGCAACAACAAGAGAGAAAGAAUAUGAUCACCAAGAGGCCUUUAAUUUAAGGGAAUUGACCGAUUGUCUACCAGUCAAGCGCAUUACAAAUGCAUUAGACAAAACACAAACAAUGCUUUAAACACACAACACACCCGCACAGGGGUCACCACCUUUAAAUUAUCAACGCUAAACAUGUAUAAAAAAUAUAGAUAUAAAUAUAAAUAUAUGCAUUUAUAUAUAUGGGAAUUUGAGCCAUGUUGCAGCGCCUUAAACCUUACACUUAUCAAAAACGAAAGAAUUAACAUAACGGAAAAAAAAUAGAUAAAAGACCAAAAACUCUAAUUUUACAUGGAAACCUGAAUGGUCCAGGGAUUAAAUUAAAAUAACAUUAACUUGUUUUGUGCUAAAACUUGUUUAAACUCUUUUUCGGCAAAACAUGUACUUAAAUCUUGCCAUAAUCAAACAGCUGUGCUGUCAGAUUUGUAAAGGUUUACCAAAUCAAGGACAAUGUCCUAUAAGUAACUCUAAUAAGACUUUCUAACGUAACAGAAGGCAUGCGUUUGGGAAGAAAAAAAAACUCAAGCGCUCCAUCUUGAAUGAUAUUUACAGUGCAAAACAUAGUUAUAUUAAUCGUACAAAUGUUAUAAUACAAACUUGCUUUGAGUUGUCAAUUUCUAAUCUCACAAUUUCAAUAGUCGUUGUUCAUGAUGUCAACAUUGACACAAUUUAAGAACAAUUGAUACCAAUGCGGGGAAUGAUUUUUCAACAGGUUCAUUUGACAAUACAAUUUGUUGAACAGAGACAUAUGAUGACCAACACAGUCAUACAUUAGCAGUCAAUUGUCUAAUGAAAAUAUCUUCACGUUUGCGUUGGAAAUCAAAUCAAAAAUCAAGUAUUAUUGUGUACACCAACUUACAGCAAAAAAUAUACCAAUAAUCAAUGUUACUUUGCUUUAUAACUUUUAUUUAUAUAGUUUGAACAUAUUCGAUCACAAUACAUUGGAUUAUCGGCUUUGUACAUCAAACGUAUAUGUCUACUUUAACCUUUACCAAUAUACGAUUAUGUUUUUGUUUCUUGGUAUUCACUUAAUAAACAUAAUGAUAGAUAGCAUAGACAAUAACUAAUAGAUUAAUAUCUUACUACAUGUAAUUGUUAUCCAUAUACCAUUUGUAUACAAUUUGAUUGAUGACAGCUUUACAAUAGUAAUGUUUAUAACCAUGUAUGUCCGAAGAGCUUGUCAAUAUUUGGAAUUGUGUGAUCACAUGUUUUUUUAAAUAUUCAUAAUAUAUAUAUAUAUACACGUUUUUUAUGUUACAUACAUUUAUCACAUGAUUUAUCAGGUUAUUCACUUGGAAAUAUCUAUAAAUAGGGUUUAGAGCAAAAACGGUUGGCAUAAUAAUGUCAUAAAAAGGACGCCUUAUUUGCGCUCAUUGUACUGUAUUUAUUUAUGUAACACUAUUUGUAAAAAAGAAUACUUUUCAUUAUUAUUCAUGGAAAAUGUUACAUAAAUUUGCAUAAUAUUUAUCAAAAUACUUUGUGUUAACUGAAUACAUAUCACAAUAGCCAAUAAUCAUACCAAUCAAACAAAUCAGAAUAAUUGCAGACCGUAUUCGUAUGCGUAUUAUUAAAAGCAUGUAAGCAUUGAUAAUGUAUCCAAUUAUUGUACAUAUAUCACAGUUUUGUUUAUAUUAAUGCGUAUAUUCUAGUUUCAUGAAAUAAGUAUUAUUUUAUUAGUUUCAUAUCAAAUUCUCAUGCUUUACCAGUCUCUCUUUUUGUGUAUAUGCAUGAUUUAUAAACGAUUUAAAUAUAUGUUAUAUGUUAUCAAAUAUUUCUUUUUUGCAUAAUUCACUAAAAUUUUAUUAAAAUAUUUUGCGCAGUUGAAGAAUAAAUCACACACUCACUUAUUCUUAAUAAAUAAAUGAAUUCUAUUUCAUUAAUAUGUUGGUAAAUUAAAAUCUAAGAUCUAUUUUUAUCUUUUCUUAUUUUGGAGGUACUUAAGAAGUUAUUUGUAAACUUCAUAUGAUGUUUUAUUAGAUUUGUAUGUUAACAAAUAACUACUUUUUUGUUCAACAUUUAAUCACAUCCAUAUUUCAUGUGUGUAUUAUUACUUCUUGUGCGUGUAUGAAGUCAUGUAUGUGUGUUUUAAGACGAGCGCUUGCACUUAUUUUAUACUUAAGGACUUUAGUGUGUAUGCACACAAUCAAGCAAUCUUACGUGAAAAUCACUUUAGUGAGUUCGUCCGUACAUUUCGGAUGUUCCGAUUUCUUUUAAAUGCCCGUUGUUAUUAAAAUGUGUGCAUUAAAACCAAGUAUUUAGCAAAUUUGUACAUAACACAAAAUCUCAAUUUCUCAUUCUACAUUUCAUUACUUACGAAGAUGAGUGAUGUAUGGUCAUCUUAGCCCUAUCGUACCAUGUCCUUGUAAGGUUUAUCUAAGGCAUAAGGCAUGUGCAAUACAACAUAUAUCUUAGCAAAUCGCGGUCUCUGUUAUGCAAUUAAUUGUAUUCUCGUGAGAUAUUACAUUAGCUAGUCGUUCAUACUUUCAGAGUUUUAUUAUAACUUUUCUAAGCGUUUGCAAACAAAUAUUAUACUUAGUUAUGAAAUGUAAGGUAUACAUUAUUACACUUAUGUCAACGCGACCGACAAACACUCUUAAUAUAACAUGAACACGAAAUGUCUUCAAAAAGCAGAUCGGCUUUAUAAUAGUAAGACACACUUGGCCCUUAAUAAUCACUGUUUGAGUUCGAUAACGUUAAUCGGGGACCCCAAAGUGUUAUUCAACAUCACGAAUACAUCUCGGCAGACGUCUUUUUAAUCACUCUAUACACGAAUCGGUCAUAGAAAACAUGUGAGAUGACAUAAAAACGAACAACAACUUCAUGUGCAUCAAUUUGGCAGGACAAUUAACAAGAAGGUUGCUUAUUAUGUCUAUAUUAGCCUUUUGGCUCCAAUUUCGAGUUCAGUUUGCCACGAGGUUCAUCAUUUGAUUCAACUUGAGAGCCGGUAUCUGCUGUCACAUAACACUAUCAGUGCAAUCGUUUAAGAGAAUAAGGGUUAUUAUUUGUUUGCUAAAUACUUCUACAUAAACCAUUUCAACCAUGGCUAGAUAAUUUUUGGAUCAUGUGAAUGCUUCGACAAUAAUCUGUAAGUUAUCAUUAUUAAAUGGUUAUAUAAAGUAUUUUACCUCCGCCCAUUACAGAUGCAGAGAAAAGAGAAGAACUUCUAAUUUGCUAAUAACGUCAUAAUACAAAUAAAACCCUAGUUUAAUUUGUAGUGAAUGUAUUUUGAUGUUUUCUAAUAUGCAGUUUGAGAUAUUGUUGUUCUCAGCUAUCAGUUGCAUUAAUUCAAACAUGAAUUUGUGUGUUGUUUUUUUGUCAUUUUUUUCAUAACAAGUGUCAUUUAAUUUAAUAAAAACAAUUGUGUUAUAACAAUUUAAAUAACAAUAUUUAUUUCAUUUUAUUUUCAAUUCAUUCAAAUUGAACGGCCCUCCGUUUGUUCUUAACUGUAUAUUAUGCAGUUUCCUGAUGUGAAUAUAAGUAUAUGAUACAAUUAUCCACCAACAGCUUCUUAAGCACAUGUUAAUCACUGUUCGAAAAGUACUCCUCAUUUGGCAUCGCAAAUGUUAAUGGUUCUGUGAAUAACACACACUUGAUUAACAUGAAGUAAGUUGGCAUGUAUGUUAGUUUUAUAAUCAUAAAAAUGCAUUUAAAAUGAACGCUUUUAGAAUUAAUUUCUACUAUCUUGUUUUUGAUGAAGUUUGCCAAAUCGUACUAACCGACAGAGAAUUGGUUACAUGAGCUAUUUGUUAUGGUCUCAAUGCGAGAAGUAAAGCUUGAAGUUGUCUAUUUACUUUGUAGCGCAUAUGUUAAUUAGUUGCACGUAUCGUUUUGGUUGAAUAACAGACAACAACAACACGCAUGACCGUACGGCCACUGACCUAACCUUUUAUUUAAGAAUGUUCAUGUUCUAAAAUAAUGUUCGGGAGCCACAAACAAUGAUCGUCAGUUAGGUAUAAUUGUUUGAAUGUUUUACGAAUGUUUAAUAUUGUACCUUUCAUAAAAAAUCUUUUCUCUAUCAAUCUUAAAUCUCUAGGUCCUUAAAAUAACAUGUGAACAAUCAGGAUAAUUUUUGCCGGUCACUGUUUUUUUGGACUGCGCGCGCGUGUUAAAUAUCGACCGACCGAACGCGCUAACAUUGAUCGAAUGGCGCUCUAUUAUAUUUCGAUGUCGACACUUAAAAUUGUUUAAAACUAAGAAAAUAUGUAUCAUGAAAUAAUUUGAAUUAUUUAAAACAAAAUAUAACCUUCGAGUAGGAACAUAUUUUACAACUGUAAAUAUGUUCUGAAUAUCAUUAAUAGCGAUUCUUCAUAAUUUGGCAAAUGUAAAAUACUGAAAAAAAUAUUUCAAAACCAGAGAUAGCAACACAUAUCGAAAUUGAUACAUAUUCAUCAUUUAAAGUGUGUGAUGAAUUUCCGUUGCUAAAAUUAUUAUUAGCGAUAUCCAGUAGCGUUAUAAUCACAGGUCGAAUAUCCUGAUAAAUAGCUUAUAAUUUAAAUAUUCUAUAGCUGUUUGAUACAUGUUCAUGUUACUUUAUUUUCCAUUUUUAUAAAAUAUAUUUUAAUUCUUUGUGUUCAUGUAUUACUAUUUGAGAGCAAUGUCUUUAUUUUAUACGUGUAUGAGAGGAAUCAAUGUGGUCAAUAAAAAUUAUCUAACUUUG